AUCGCACCAACCCACCUCCGCCGCCCUAGCAUUUCCCCUCCCCGUCGUCUCCAUCCCCGGGUCAAACCAAAUCGAGCUCACCUCUCCAUUUCCGCCUCCUCGGCCGCCGCCACCCACGAGAGAGCCUCGACCCCACCCGCAGCCAUGUGGCGUCGCCUUCAAACCCUAGCCCCCGCGCUGCGGCGGGCCGCCGCCGCCGCCGCCGCCGCCCCUGCGGCACCCGCCUCCUCUGCUGCCCGCACCGCCCCGCUCUCCUCGGCCGCGGCUGCCUUCCGCCGCACAAGCCCGCUACUCUCAGGAGACAAGCCGGCGACGGUGGAGGACGUCAUGCCCAUCGCCACGGGGCUUGAGCGCGAGGAGCUCGAGGCUGAGCUACAGGGUAAGAAGCGGUUCGACAUGGAUCCUCCCGUCGGUCCCUUCGGUACCAAGGAGGAACCAGCUGUCAUCGAGUCUUACUAUAACAAGAGGAUAGUUGGUUGCCCUGGUGGUGAAGGAGAGGAUGAACAUGACGUUGUAUGGUUCUGGUUGGAAAAAGAUAAGCCGCAUGAGUGUCCAGUCUGCUCGCAAUAUUUUGUGCUUAAGGUCAUUGGUGAUGGUGGAGAUCCAGAUGGGCAUGAUGAUGACGAUAACACACAUCACUAAGGAUGCCUUGUGGUUCUGAAAAUAAGAAUUUGAUGAGGCAGACAAUUUUACUUGCACUUUUUUAGCACAAGGGUACCAGACUGCUCUACAUCGUCCUUGUUUUUAUAAAUAUACAUUUGGCCAUCAAGCAGGUGGUAGUUUUCGCCUAGGGAUUUUUUGUCCAAACAAAUAACUUUUCCAGAGUUGACCUGUGCAUUUCUUUCAGAGCAUCAUCGAAAAAAAGAUGACUGUUGGAUUGUUUUCUGUUGUUGCCUAAUGGGCCAUCGGAUGUGAUGGACAUGUAAUACAGUCAUGCAACACACUUAUUUCUCUGCUUAGUGUGGCGGGCAGUUUUCCAACAGCCUUUCUUUCAGAGCAUCAUCGAAUAAAAGAUGACUGUGUUAGAUCUUC